AUGGUUAAGAAUCACGAGAAUCAUUACCGUUGCUCAAUUUGUGAUAAGACAUUUGUUCAAGUGCAAGGUUUAUACCGCCAUGAGAGGGAAAAACAUAAUAAGAUGACAACAAAAUUACUACACUGUUAUCAUUGUAAUCAGCAGUUCCAAAGGAAAUAUCUUCUUGUUGUUCAUUUGAAAGCUGUUCAUGGCAUACCGUCCCGAUGUGGAAAAAAUAAGAAAAGGAUUAAAUGUGCUGUAUCACCUUGUGAGGAAACAUUUACAACGUACAGAAAACAUCGUAACCAUUUAGAAUAUUGUCAUUCCUUUACAUCAAAUGAAGAGAAGUUACAUUUUGAAAAUUUACAAAAAUUUAAAGAAUGGAAGGUGAAAAUGGAAGAGCAACAGAAAUCAAGAUUUGUCCAAGAUACAUCUGCAAAAGUAUUGGGGAAGAAAAACAUAAAAAGGUUAUAUUAUAUUUGUCAUAGAACAGAUUUUCUCAAACCAUUAAAAAAUUCCAAACGCCAUUUGAAAAACAGUGGAUCCAACAAAAUAGGGCGUACUUGUCCAGCAAUGAUAGUUGCUUCUGUGCAAGAUUCAGUGGAAGUAUCUUUUUUCUCUACUCACGUGGGACAUGAGUGUGAAAUUGGCAGAAUGCCUUUGUCUAUUGAUGAUAGGAACCAAAUUGCAGGAAAGUUGGUCGAAGGAGUUACAAUUCAAAGAAUUUUGGAUGAUGUAAGAGAAGAAGCUGCCCAGUCUGGUUGUAUACAGAGACGUAUUCAUUUACUGGAGAAGAAGGAUCUUCAUAAUAUAAAAAGAGAUUUUUCCAUUAGCUAUUCAACAAAGUUUCAUGAGAAUGAUGCGUUAAGUGUUAAAUUAUGGGUUGAAAUGAUGAAAGAAAAAAAGUUAGAAAAUAAUUGUGAAGUUCUUUAUUAUAAAGAACAGGGUCAAUGUGAUACUUUCUUUGAGAGAGAAGAUUUUAUACUUAUAAUCAUGACAGAAUAUCAAGAAAUGGAACUAUGUUUGUUUGGAAGUGAAAAAAUUUGUAUUGAUGGAACCCAUGGUUUGAAUGCAUAUGGUUUCCAAUUAUACACAAUUAUGGUUGUUGAUGAUUUUGGACGUGGAGUUCCAGUAUCAUUUUGUUUUUCCAAUAGGUCAGACACAAAAUUAUUUGAGGUAUAUUUCAAUUGUAUAAAAGACAGGGUAGGAAUUAUAAAUACUAAGGUAUUUAUGUCUGAUGAUGCUCCUGCUUUUUACAAUGCCUGGUGUUCAGUUAUGGGACCAGCUAUGCAUCAACUGCUCUGCACCUGGCACAUAAGAAGAAACUGGUUUGAAAAUUUGAAUAAAAUUACUGGGCCAAAUAGUAAAGACAAAAAAACACUUGUUUUCAAAACUCUGAAAGUAUUGCAGACUGAAGUGGAUAAGGAAAAAUUUCAUUUAGGACUCGCUAAUUUUCUGACAGACUUGAGAGAAGAUUCGGAUACUAUGCUUUUUGGUGAAUAUUUUUCGAAAACAUACUGCAAUAGAGUUGAAAAAUGGUCAUAUUGUGAAAGAAAAUAUCUAGGAAUUAACACCAACAUGUAUCUUGAAGCACUUCACAAAAAAAUCAAAUAUAGUUACCUUGAGGGAAAAAAUGUCAAGAGGCUAGAUAAGUCAUUGAAUUCAUUACUUGUAUUGGUAGGGGAUUCAGCCUUUGAAAAAAUUAUUACACAUUCCAAGAACAAACUGACAUCAAAAGUUUUGAGAAUUAGAGAGAGUCAUAAAAGGAGUUUGAAUAUAACAGAUUCUAUGAUUCUCGUGAAUUCAGAAAGCAAUAAAUGGGAAGUAGUCUCAUCUGAAAAUUCAUCAAAAAAAUAUGAAAUCCAAAAGGAAGAAGUUGACAGUUGUUCGAGCCUGAAAUGUAAUUUAAAAUGUUAUGAUUGCAAUAUUUGUGUCCACAAUUUCAAAUGUACUUGUCUAGAUAAUAUUAUUCAUUUCAAUAUUUGUAAACAUAUCCAUGCAGUUGUUAAACAUGAAAAUAUAUUACAUGGAAAUGUAUUCAGUGAAAUGAAAAAUCAUACUGAAAUGCAUAAUAUUUCUUUCCCCACACUUAUACCAUUAGGCCAAUCAGUUGAAAAAAAUAAAGAAAAAAUUACUGAGAUUAAUGCAAAAUGUGAAUUAUUGAUAGGAUUAUCAUCUCGAUCCAACCUUGAAGAUGAUGGUAUCAAUAAAAUAAUAAAGCAUCUUGAUGAAGCCAUUAAAGAAGCAAAUAAAGGAGAAGUCAAUUUUGUUCAAAAGAAAUCUUUGAAUAUUAAUAAAUACAUAGAAAAACAGAGAUUUCAGAGUAAGAAGAAAAAAAAACAUCAGGGAAACAUUCAUCCAAACCCAUCUGAAGUUGAAAAAAAUAUCAUUCAAAGGUCAUUUUCAAAAAGAGAUACAUCAGAAGUUUUAUUUAUACAUACUGGCUUUGAUCACUCAUAUGCUUGA